CUCAGUGUAGAAGAGAUUCUGGUUUUUCUUAGCGCUUGCUGUAGUAAGAUAAAUAUGUUUUAGCUCCUGUUUACGUUUAUAACUAGUAUUGUUUUAACACGCUUGUUCUGUUUACAUUUAUACAAUCUUCAGAGUAUACUAUGCUGCGUCUGUUGUGGAUUCUUAAAGCUCCUUCAGAUUAGUUCACACAGCAGAGUGCAUACCAUGGAGUCUGGUAAUGAUGGGAGUGUUGGAGGUCCGUCAGGGGACGAGAGCUACUUUCAGGGCUACACCUUCACUGAUCGCUCCCAUUCCAGCCGUGUGGUAAAGAGCAUCAUGGACUUGUGUCUGGAGGAUGGCCUGUUUGCAGAUGUUAUUGUCACUGUGGACAGCAAAGAGUUCCAGCUUCACCGCCUGGUGCUGUCGGCACAGAGCAGCUUUUUCAGAUCUAUGUUCACCUCUAAUCUUAGAGAAGCUUAUGAUCGCAACAUUGAGCUGAAGGACGUCAGUGCACCUGUGUUCCAGUCGCUGGUGGACUACAUAUACCAUGGAACAAUAAAACUACAGGUUGAAAAUCUGCAGGACACCUAUGAGAUGGCUGACAUGUAUCAGCUCAUUGCCCUGUUUGAGGAGUGCUCUCGUUUUCUUUCACGAACUGUGGAAAUCAAGAACUGCCUGCAGGUGAUGUGGUUGGCGGACAGACACAGUGACCAGGAGUUGUAUACGGCAGCCAAGCACUGUGCAAAGAUCCAUCUUGUUCAGCUGCACCAGACAGAGGAGUUCUUGAACCUACCAAUGUGCCUUCUCAUAGACAUCAUUAAAGACGGUGUUCCAAGCUCACAAAAUCCAACUGCAGCAAUUGAAUCUUGGAUCAAUCACAACAAAGUUGAGCGAGAGGAGUAUUCAGACAUGCUUCUAGAUAGCCUAAAGGAGAUUGGUGAAAACGUCCACAUAUACCUAAUUGGGAAGGAAGACACGCGCACACAUUCGUUGGCAGUGUCUCUUCAUUGUGAUGAGGAUGAUGCCAUCAGUGUGAGUGGUCAGAACAGCCUGUGUCACCAAAUCACAGCUGCCUGCAAGCAUGGCGGUGACCUGUACGUCGUAGGGGGCUCCAUACCGCGACGCAUGUGGAAAUGCAACAUGCACACCAUGGACUGGGAGCGCUGCGCCCCUCUGCCUCGGGACCGUCUCCACCACACGUUAGUGUCCGUUUACUCAGAAGAUUCCAUUUACUCCUUAGGAGGCAAAACCCUCCAGGACACACUCUCCAAUGCUGUCAUCUGUUACACAGUGCAGGACAACAUAUGGAAAGAGACCACUCCACUAGAAACAGCUGUAUCUGGAGCAGCGGGAGUCAAUUUGGGAGGCACGAUUUACCUUUUGGGUGGGGAAGAGAAUGAUAUGGACUUUUUCACCAAACCGUCUCGCCUUAUCCAAUGUUUUGAAACAUCCACUCAGAGGUGUCAGACGAAGUCCUACAUGUUGCCUUUUGCAGGAUGCAUGCACGCCACUGCCCAUAAGGACCUUAUCUUUGUGGUGGCAGAAGGCGACUCUCUGGUGUGCUACAAUCCACUUCUGGACAGCUUCACCCGUCUACGGUUUCCUGAAGUGUGGAGCUGCGUGCCGUCUCUGUGGAAAGUGGCCAGCUGCAACGGCUGCAUUUACGUUUUCAGGGACAAAUGCAAAAAAGGCGACGCAAAUACUCUAAAGUUAAACCCUGCAACAUCAGUGGUCUCAGUGAUUAAGGGAAUCAAAAUCCUCCUCACGAAUUGGCAGUUUGUUUUGGCCUGAUUUCUUAAGAUAUGUUCUGUGUAAUGCAUGGGACCAUGACAAAUGUUGUGUUCCUGUUGAUGUCAUGCUUGAUGAUAUUGAUGUUACACCUUUCAUGUAGUAAUUGUUUCUCUGCUACAGUGGUACAGAAGUGUUAUCCUGUGAUGUGAAGUGCUAUAGGGUAGGAUACUGUAGAAACGAAUUUACAGAUCCUGUGAUGUUUGUAGGGGUUUGUACAAGUACCACGAGGGUCCACUUGACUUGUAUGUUCAAGCUUAGGGAAACCUUUCACAAUUUACUCAUGUAUUAUGUGAACAUGUUGACCACUUCAUGACAUAAAUUAUUAGAAUGUUCUUUGGUGCAAAGUAUUGUGACUAGAAAUUAUGAAAAGGAAAAGAUUUAAUACUUUAGAUCGUUUGUCUUUGUUGUUCUGUACUAUUUAGUCUUGGCUAAUAUUUCUCUUAUAUUAAAAAGAUAAAACUCAA